AUGGGCCAAGGAGCUGACGAGAAAUGGGAAGUCGAAGAAGUUCUGGAUGCCAAGAUGCGCUAUCGGAGCAUUUGGUACUUCGUGCGGUGGAAGGGCUACAAUUCGUCGCACGACCAAUGGGUUAAGCACUCUGAUAUCUUCGCAGAGGACGCUAUAGCGGCAUUUUACCGCAAGCACCCCAACAAGCCACGCAUCAUUGCUGCCGCCAUCUUCGACUCCCUCCCGUUCCAGCACCCCUCUGCCACCAUCCGCACGUUGCGUCGAGGCACCGCAAUCCAAGGGGGGGGUGAUGUCAGGGGAACCCCCGUUUCGGACCGCUCUGCCUUCAAUCAGGCAUGUGAUCGCGCUCGCGUGACCUGUCAGCUGUCACGUGCCGCGGCCCGGACUGCCACGCCAAGCGCUUCUCUCUGA